AUGCAGAAUGUUAGGGAGGGAGAUGAAGUUGCUGAACUGUACGAGAGGAAACUCCAAGAGUUGAAAACAAAGCUGUCAGCCCCGAGCUGGCCCAGCAGAGACCGCCUUGCGGUGUUCAGUGACGUCUUUGAUGAUGUAUGUGAAGGCUUGCCAGUAUUUGGACGCAUCCUGAGGGAAAUCAAGACUGAGUAUGAUUUAUACAUCAAUCACCUGAUGGACUCCCAGUCCUCAAAAGGAAAUAUGGUAAGAAUCGCUGCAGACGAAGUGAAACAGUUUGGAGAGAUUGCAAUAAGUGAUAAAGCCAUGGACGAGGCAGAAAAAAAAGUUUGCAGGAUAGAGGAAAAGACAAGAAGAGCUCUGAGGGAUUACAAAUGGUACUAUGAGCUGACAAACCUUUUAGCCGCAAGAGACCAAGAACAAAAUAGCAUAAAAAAUACAUCCCUAUGUAGAGCGGAGGACAGUGGGACCGCCACCGACCACACCAACAUAGUCAAAUUCAGGAGACUUCAGGUGCUCAAUAUGCAGAAGGAAAUCCAACAAAUGGAGCAGGAGAUCCAAAAAAGGCUGGCAUCCACUGCUGCUUCUGAAAGACGUGUCCAAGAUCUAAAGGAGUUUUUGAGAGAGAGUCCUCUGUGGACUAAAGCUAAAGCAGUCCCGGAUAAUCUUCCUUCCAUCAACACAAUGCCUGACUUCCGUGCUGAGUUGUCAGCCCGUGACCUUUAUCCAAACCAGUAA